AUGAAAAAUAAUAGAAAAAAAAAAUUGAAUCCGAAAAAAGAUUCGGCCGAGUUCCAAAAAUUCUUGGACGAGCAACAAUACUCGCGAAAUGGAAUUCUCCGUUACGAAAAAAUCUUUGGCGACGAUUUUGUCUCAACAGGCGGGAUUUCUACGACGCGCGAAUUCGUCAAGAUGCUGAAUUUGAAGGAGGGCCAGAAGGUGCUCGAUGUUGGUUGCGGAAUCGGAGGCAGCGCCUUUCACAUGGACAUGGAAUAUGGAGCGCAUGUUGAAGGCUUUGAUUUGUCCCGAAAUAUGAUUGACAUCGCCAACGAGCGCGCCACAAAAUACAACUUGGAAAACGUCUCCUUCUCUGUCAAAGAUGCUACUUUAGUCGAAUUCCCUGACGAUACUUUUGAUGUGAUUUACUCCCGAGACACAAUUCUUCAUAUUGCUGACAAACUUUCUCUUUUCAAAAACUUUCUCAAAUGGCUGAAACCUGGCGGAACAUUGAUGAUCUCCGACUAUUGCUGCACUCCGAAUAAAUGGAGCCCGAAUUACAGGGCGUAUGUCGAGCAGCGAGGCUACAAUCUUCUGACAGUAAAAGAAUACGGUAAAACCAUUGGACGAGCAGGAUUUGUCGACGUCCGCGAUAUUGACUACACUUCCGGCUUCAUCGACAUCCUCAAAGGAGAACUCGAAACUUUCGCCAAAACGAAAGAUGACUUCAUCAAGGAAUUUAGUGAAAAGGAGUACGAUGCGAUCAAUGGCGGAUGGAGCGAUAAAGUGAUCAGAUGCACGAACGGGGAUCAAAAAUGGGGAUUUUUUAUCGCUAGAAAACGCGCAUAA